UUCCAAUUUCAAUUUCAAUUUCGCCCACCAAAAAAGGGCAACAAAAUCUUCUCGAGACUUAAAAACCCUAAUUUUUCGACAUUAUUCCCUACAAAUUCGCAUUCCUAAACCCCAACAUUCGUAUCUCCUAAUCUCUUUUCAGAUUCUUUCACUGAAUUAUUCAUGUAUCAAAGCUCUGCUUUUCCUUUUGAUUUCUCCCGUUUUUCCUAUUUAUUCAGAUUGCAAGAAGCCCUGCAAUUCCCUUGAAUAGAAGAAGGUUCUUCUUACUUUAUUUAUUUUGACAAAAUAGAACCCUAAAUUUUUUAAUUACUCUUUUUAUGGAGGCGUCUCCUAUUAUUUUUUACCUAAGCUCCGACGACGACGAGGCGACUCCUGCUUGGGAGGAUCCAAAGGGGGACGAGUACAACCGGUUAUCGGAAGUUCUGGAAGCCGUUGAUAAUGUGUUCCACGACCCUGAUGACUUGACGGUUGUCGGAGAAGUCAACCCCACUAAGAAGUCAAAGUCACCGAAUUCAGUGGUAAGGAAGGUUGCUGAUGAGGACGACGGUGAUUGUGUCGUUUUGGAAAGUGACCCAGAUAAGGCGCUGUCGGAGGUUAAUGAUCCCCAAAAAGAUUCCGAUGAGUGUCUUAUUGUCGGCCAGAAAGGGCAGAUUGCGUGCAGAGAUUACCCCCAUCCCCGACAUGAUUGUGCUAAGUUUCCAUUCAGUUCAACCUCACAUGAACAACAUUGUGAAUUGUGCCAUUGCUUUGUUUGUGACUCGCGAGCACCAUGUAGUUAUUGGGGCUUGGGUACCUCUAGUACUGAUCAUUGUCAUGCCACUGAUAAAGAGGAGAAGUGGAAGACUUUGAGGAAGACUUUCAGGCAUAAGAGAAAUUCUCCAAUACCAGUUACAAAAGCUCCCGUCACUUCUCAAUCUACAGCAAUGCCCCGAUUUAACCAAGCUACACGACAUGACAGUAUGCAGUAUGCACUGCAAAGUCAAGUUUCUAGGGUAAUUCCAACUCGAGCUGGUCGGAAUUUCAUACCUCAAACUCAUAUCCAACGGCCAUCCAUAAUUAGUUCCUCUUCUACCAGAUAUGGGGUUCCACAUCACCCAAAUGUGGGUAGCCAACGUGUUUUAAAUAGAAGAACAAUGCAUCCGCUUCCAGUUUCACAUCAUUUACUAGGGGUGCAUAAUACUGUAAUUCGAAGGGAUCGAGGUAUUAAAGUUAGUAACUUGGGUCCCCAAUUUGUCCCUUCCAACACCGUGCCUCAAUCUUCAGCUUAUGGUCAGCCUGUUCUUCAGUCAAGCUUGAACCACGAUCACAAUUGCCUUCAGAAUCAGAAUCAACUGGCAACAAAUCAUGCCUUCUCAGAUUCUGACUUGAAUUGGAUCAACAACAUCGGUCAAAGCAAUCAACAACCGUCUGUUGAUUAUUUACAGCUUCAAAACUCCACAAACGAGAAAGAAGCAUCCAAGGAGGUAAACGAGGGACAUAAAUCGCUUUUCAACGAGCUCGAGAGCUUCCUUUUAGAUGACCAGUCAUUUCCCGAAGAGUCUAUUAUUGCAGAACUUAAUUCACUUUCUUCCAAUCAUAUGUCUUAUGACACUGGUAUGAUUUUCUUUGAUAUUGAAACCUCUUGGGAUCGUCUAACUCGUGCGUAGCUGAUUAGCAUAGGCUUGUGCAUUCUAGAGAAGAAGAAAAAAACCGAGAAAUGAGAGAGUUGUUUUUUUAGAAUUGAUCUAGUGACUAUUUUAAUAGAAGCUUUGAUGGUGUGCAUUGAACAGAAAAAC